CAGGAUUUGUAAAUGGGAAUGCAAGCACUCCUUCUGUUCCAGAGCAAGUUACGAACUUUGCCUCUCUGGGUGGAAGUGGUUUCUUUCGGUUUCCAAUGCAGCAGACGCAGCAAGUUUAUUCAGGCCCUGGUGGCAGUUCUUCGACCGUUGCAUCGUCGGCGCCGGGUCCUUUUGGGAGUGGCUCCCGGUGCCUCUCGUCUCGGCCUGGCAUGAUUCAGCCGCCCUUUUUGCAACAGCCGACCUUGAUGCCUCCUGCGUUUUCGCAGCCGCUCCCGCUGGUUUAUACCGGGAUCUAGCCGACACCAGGUCUGGCGCCGUCUGCGCCUAGUGCAGGCACUGGUGUUUUCCUUGACAUUACUAGUGCGCCACAACACGUCGAGCAGCGACCUCUUUAUGGUCCACCGAAAGAACCAUCUGUGCAGUAUCAACGUCAAACUCGAGGAACGGCGACCGUCCCCGGCGCUGAAAUUCUUGCUGCAGUGCUAAAUAAUCCCCAUGAACACGAUCAGCCACUCGCAAGAAUUACUGGUGGUGGAGGAGCUGGAUCAGAUACGGGGUCCAGCGCCGGCGCGGGAUAUUCGGGUCCAACGCGUGCUUCCGCACCCUCCGUAGCGACGACGACUUUAGCAGGAUCGGUGGCUGCGCCAGCAGCUGAGACCCUCGCUGAACAAGUGGAUUCAUCAUCUGCUUCGGCAGAACUGCAUGCGCCGUCCCAAAAGUCCUGCCAAAUCAUAGAGACGAGUAACGGCGCUGCAACAUCCACUGCUGCGUUCUUUCGGCCAGUCCUGUACGUGCCGACGUUGAAAGAAACACUGGAAAUGGAUGCUCUCGCAUCGCUGAACUCCGGCUCCCCACCCGGCUUGGCAAACAGUGGCACUUCCUCUUCGUCGAUGCGCUCGCCGGCGGCCGCGGAUGAGUCGUCCUUCUGUAGCACCAUUCCCGUGCAAGAAAGCUUCGGCUUCGCCGAGGACGUCGAUCCGGGCGGGCAUGGCUACGCUCACCGGCUAGACGCAGAGGUGGAGAUCGUGGCUCAAGAUGGGGCUUCCAACUUGCAAGGCGCAGGAGACGUGGUUGUAAAAGAGCAAUGCGCGGCACCCGCACCGACGGCACCAGGCGAAAUCUGCGUCGCGAGAACGGUCUCUGUUCAUGAAGAUAAUGUUGACGCCAACGAAAACAACAGCGAGGUGCCUGCUCCUGGUGCUGUGUGUGCUGCUGUUGAUCCUGGACAGACAACAAAUUUUUCAGUCGAAGAAAAUAGAAACGAAAACGUGACUGGCGUCACGUCGAGGAAACAUAGCAAAGAGCAACCGGCGGUGGAGAUGAAGCACCGGAAGCAGGCGGAGCGGCAUGCUUCUGGUUCGCUGGAAGAUGCGCCUCCAUCUAGUAGCGAAUCGCGUACAACACGGAACUGCUCGCAACAAGCGGGACUAGAGAGAGAGCAGCCGCAGCCCCCCGUCUCAGCCUGUGCACUAGAGGAACAGGAAGAAGCAGCUGCAGCGGAUGGCUCAGACACGAUCGAGUACCCACCUUCAAACGCUUCGUCGAAGACGAACACUAGGGCAACAGGAGCAGGUAUUUGUCCUUCUGGCUCGUCUGGUAGCUGCGUCCAACCUGCGGGUACGGUCUCGGUACAACUUGAAGGAUCGCUGGCGCAAAAUCUUCCAGCCGGUCGUGAGGACACAAUAAUUCCGCAAACAACACUUUUUCCUCCAUCUCCGGGGCGGCUAGCACUUGCAGCACGGAACGAGUAUCGCGAGGAAGACCAAACCGAUCACACGAGAAACGCCUCCCGCGAACCACCUUCGGCGUCGCCCGUUGAAAGUCAUGUAGUAGGUGACAACGCGUCACGGACGAAUACCUGCUUCAAGAAGGCUUGCCCCCAACAACAAGGGCUGCGCCAGGUCUCCGCAGCAAACGCAGGCGCAGGCGCGCAGGGCGGUUGGGAGUCCCUGAUGAGAGAGCUAAAGAGGCAUGAAAAUGACCUGGAACCAUAUCUCGAAAAUGUCGCUCCACCCGGACCGCAAGUUUCGUGUGGAACACUUGGAACAAUGGAUGGUCCGGGUUGUGAGCUCGCUGGGAGUGUUGCGCCCGGUAGUAUGGCUAUCAGCAGGAAGCCCUUGUUCUCCAGCAACGCUAAGAGGACUCACAUGCUCGGCGAUUAUGACCACGACCACAUUAAUAGCAGAACGACAAAAGCGCCACGGUCGCCGCUCCUGGACCCAAAGCUUUACAUCGAAAACAUAAUUCUGCGCUCGACACUGAGAGUGCCACCAACUUCAGCGCGAGAACAGGGCACAAUCACUCAUCAUGUGCAGGCGGAGAGCGCGCGCAGCGAGGAUGCGGAGCAGAGUACCGACAUCAUUCAGGAGUUUCUUGGUGAAGCCGCGGUGGAGCGAGGGCGCGCGGAAGGCUCAACAAGCCAACAGAAGAUCCAUGCUAGAGCUAGCGAUCCAGCAAUGAAGAACAACAUGCAAGAGGACGACGCAACAGCACGCGCGCCAUCGAACCCUGCUGACGCAAACCCAAACACAAGCAGUAAAAGAUACCAUUCGGCGGCACGAACGAACGGAGUUCGUGGACCCGAACAGAAGAGGACAAGGCAGGGAUUCUGCCGUUCGGGUUCUACGGCUCAGGGGUAACGGUGCGGCUUAAGCGUCAAUCCGCCCUGGAAUGUAUCAUGCUUAUACCCCGGGUAUCCCCAAGAAAACUAUUCCUCCGGAUCGUACGGUGAUACAGCGGGGCCACCGUAGAGUACAUAACUGCAGCGAGGUGUAGUCCCACUACAAUCUCGCUGGCUUCUGUUCAUUCGUGCUGUGCGCACGUGUGUGUUGUGCGGUGCUUGUGAAGACUGUUCCUCAAGCAUCGUUGCUGACAAGACAGCAAGCAGCAUUUGUCUUUUAAUCGGGCUCGAGGAUGUGAGAACGGACGCUCGAGACGCAUCAUAGCGAGGACGGGGCUAUGAUGAACAGAGGAGGCACGGAGAUGCUCCGCGGCAAUAGCGUGCGUUAGUUUACUGGCGCAUGCGCAUACAGCAACAGGUCACAAACGUGAGAGCCGGGAACGCGCUCUCCGGUCGUUCUUCGAUAGGGGACACGUUGCUCUGGAGUACUG